AUGGCGCACCAAGGCCUCCGGUUCCCGCCCGCCCUCCAAGUCUUCCCUCACCUCCGGAACUGGCGCUCAAUCCGCCCCCGCCGCCUCGUCGAGGUCCCCAUCGGCGUGACGGGCGAGGUCCCCGACAAGCUCAUCAUCCCCUGCCUGCGCCACCUCUACCACGACCUCGGCGUCCUCGUCUACUCGGGCCUGAAGCACAACCAGAUCGUCAGGGUGGGCGAGAUACUGCGGCUGAUCACCAACUCGGGCGGUCCGGGGAAGAUGAUCACCAUGACGCAGUGGGCCGAGAAGUCGAGGACGAGGCGGUCGGCCAAGCUGGAGGAGGACGACGUGUUCGGGGCCGUGGACAUCGUGUAUAGCGGUAUAAUCAAGUCACAGGCCAUCCUCCGGCUGGCCGACGAGUCGUUCCAAGAGCACAUCAGAGCAAAGAUCGAGGAAUCAGGUUUAUCAAAGGACAACAUCCAGCUCCGCAGUCGCUACAUCAUCAUCCGAAGCGUCCCAUCCCCCAAAGGCAUAAUCACCCAAACAGUAGACGGACCCCGCCGCCUCCCCAUCGACAUCUUCACGUCCCUCAGAACCGAGGAGCGGAACGGCCACGUCUCCUGCGAGAUGCAGCUCUACACCGCCGGCAAGGGCGACUACGCCGGCUCCGCCCGCGUCGACUACCAGCUGCUGCGCGUCAACGAGGUCGCCAAGACCAUGAUGCCCGUGCACGCCCACCUCGAGCUCGACACGCGCGGGGAGGACGCGACCGGCAUCCGGGAGGUGGCGCGCAAGAUCGUCAAGGCGCAGAUCCUCGGGCAGCUGUGGAAGCUCGAGAGGGAGACGUGGAGUCGCAAGGCGGACCGGCUCGUCAACUACAACAAGGUCGGGAUCAAAACGAUGCGGGCUGCUGAGGACGUCUCCAAGGCGGAGGAUGAUAAAGAGGCCCGAGAGACUGGCGAUGAGAGCCCGCUGAAGGACCCCGUUGCCGGGUCGCAUUAA